AUGGUCGCUCCUGUCACUGCCAAAGCUUUAAAAGAUACCAAGCUCUUUGAGCCAAUCAAGGUUGGAAAGAACGAGUUCUCCAACAGAGUCGUCUUUGCUCCAUCCACCAGAUUCAGAGCUUUGGAGGACAACACUCCCUCUGAUCUUCAAUUGGACUACUACGAUGCCAGAACUAGCUUUCCAGGCACUUUGAUUAUUACGGAAGGUACCGUUCCAACUACCAAGACCGGUACUUACCCCAACGUUCCAGCCAUCACCACCGAUGCUCACGUCAAGGCCUGGAAGAAGAUCAACGAUAAGAUCCACGAGAACAAGUCCUUCUCCAGUAUUCAGCUCUGGGGUUUGGGCCGUGUGGCUGACCCUGCGCAGAACAAAAAGGAAGGCCAGAAGUUUAAAGGUGCUUCUGCCAUCUACAACGAUGAAGAAACCGAAAAGGCUGCCAAGGAGGCUGGUAAUGAAUUGGAGGCUUACACAACCGAGGAGGUUGACGACUUGAUUGAAGAGUACGUCAAGACUGGCCAGAGAGCCGUUGAAGCUGGCUUUGACUAUGUUGAGCUUCAUGGCGCUCACGGUUACCUCAUUAACCAGUUCUUCGAGGCUUCUUCUAACCAGAGAACCGACAAGUACGGUGGUUCCAUUGAAAACAGAGCCCGUUUUGCUUUAUCGCUUGUGGACCGUCUUUCUGAAGCCAUUGGCGCUGAAAAAUUGGCCAUCAGAAUCUCUCCAUGGGCUAAGUUCUUGGGCAUGAAGAGUGAAGAAGAUAAGGAAGCUCACCCAGUGGCUACUUACUCGUACUUCUUGGGUCAAUUGCAACAGAGAGCUGACGCAGGUAAAGAGCUUGCGUAUGUUUCCAUUGUGGAGCCAAGAGUCGCUGGUAACUUGGAUGUUAACGCUGAAGACGUUGUUGGUGAUAACCUGUUUGUCAAGCUUAUCUGGAAGGGUACUCUCUUGAGAGCAGGUAACUACACUUACGACGCACCAGACUUCAAGCAGCUUUUAGACGAUCUUUCUGACGGUCGUACUUUGGUUGGUUUCUCUAGAUACUUCAUUUCCAAUCCAGACUUAGUGCAAAGACUCCAUGACGGUAAGGAAUUGACUCCUUACGACAGAUCCUCCUUCUACCGUUACGACAACUGGGGUUACAACACGUACCCAACCAGCGAAGGCAAGGAGAAGUUCGACGAGGAGGCUGAGAAGGCUCAUAAGCCUGCUCCAAUCAAGGCAUAA